GCUUGACACUCUUCGGCUCUACAGAUUGGCCCCUCUUAUCGGCUUUCUGCAACUGAGCCGACGGUAAAUAACUGCCAAGUUUUGUUGCCGAACCGUCAACACGCGUCUGUUCCCCAUACCAACCACAACCCUCAACAAACCCAACCGACCGAACAACCAAAGAAACUCCACACCCUCACAAUUGAGAAAAAUGCCGAUAAUCACAGUCGCUCCGGACUGUGCCCGGCAGCUCCAGCUGAUCGCCGAUGCAAUUGCUCGCUCGAAGAAGGUGGUCGUUGUCACUGGUGCCGGAAUCUCAACCAACUGCGGAAUACCUGACUUCCGCUCUGCCGAUGGCUUGUACAAUCUCGUCAAAGCCCAGUACCCCAACGCUGUGGUCAAAGGACGUGAUCUUUUCGACGCCGUUCUCUGGACCGACCCCGGCUCCACAGCCCUUUUCUAUACUUUUCUCGCAAACCUCCGCAAUGAGGUCUUGAACGUCAAAGACACUUCCUCGGUGCACAAAUUGAUAAAGACCCUCGCCGAUGCCGGCAGACUCUUGCGUUGCUACACGCAAAACAUCGACGGACUCGAGGAGAGGGAAGGUCUGGUCUCGAGCCUGUCAUAUGGAAAAGGAAAGCGGAAGAGGCCUUCGCCUCUCACUGAGGAGGACAACCGUACCGACCGGGAGAAGGGCUGCCAGGUUGUGCAGCUUCACGGAAACCUGAAGACGCUUCGGUGCACCAACUGCCACCUUUUGGCCGAAUACUCCGAGUCGUCGGUCCAAACCCUGCUGUCGGGCGAGGCCCCCCCCUGUAUGGCCUGUACUGUGGCCUCCAAUUGUCGCCAGGCCGCCGGAAAGCGUGCUACCAGAAUCGGUCUCCUCCGCCCCAACGUUGUCCUCUACGGAGAAGAACACCCCGAUGGAGAUAUGGUCGGAGCACUCACCGAGGGUGAUCUCGGCGCCAAGCCCGAUAUCAUGUUGAUUCUCGGCACUUCCCUGAAGGUGCACGGCUUGAAGCGUAUAGUCAAGGAGUUCGCGGCUGCCAUCCAUGCGAGGAAUGGAAUCGUGGUGUUUAUCAAUAACACGGCACCCUCGGAGAGCGUGUGGAACGAAGUUAUCGACUAUUACGUCUCUAUGGACUGCGAUUCUUGGGUUGCCGAUGUUCGCGUAAAGCGCCCUGGAAUCUGGGAACGUCAGUCGAAGCUUUCUAUCCGCAAGGUGACAAAGAUCACCGAGGGGGACAAGGAAAACGUGCAGGCGCAGAGGAGGGUUCUGGAGCCAAAGACUCCCAAGAAGAAGGCCAAGAAGGCCCUUGCACCGAGCAAGGUCUUCGGUGCGGAAACGCCAUACAUCUCCCCACCGCCCUCUAGGAAGCGUGGAGGAAAGAAGAACGAUUACAACGCGGCUCCGUCUCUUAUGGAAUCCGAUGUACAUCGUACGCCGAUCAAACGCCAGCAACUUGAUGGCAACGUUUUGUCUCCGACCAUCAGCCCCCCGGAGACACCAUCUUUGGUUGGUCGAAUGACCAACAUCACGAUCGUGACACCUGCGAGGAGGGGUAGCCCGAAGAAGAAUCAGGUGGAAGUUUUCGAGGAUGCCGAUAGCAUGCCCGUUCCGGACACACCUAGCAAGCAUGGUCGCAGGGCGGCGGUCGGGACCGAACGCGGCAUCAAGGCCGUGGAGAAGAUGCCCGAAAUCGAACCGGGUUUCAAGACUCCGAGCAAGCGUGCCAGCAGGAUCGCGGUCAAGACGGAACACGACAUCAAGGCCAUGGUGGAGAUGUCUGAAGGCAAGCCGGAGCCCAAGACUCCGAGCAAGCGUGGCCUUUGGGCCAAAUCGGCAAUUGAACUGCAGAUCCAGGCGGAGAGCAAGCAAGCUGAUGAGGCCGAGUUCAAGAAUGGCCUCCCCAAGACCGCCACGCCGAGGAAGGUCGCCCCCAAGCAGGCCACUCUCGAGAUUGGUCCCGGUGUCCCCGCCCUCCCCGUCGAGGCCACUCCACCGAGGCGCAGCCUGCGCAAUAUCAAGGUCACCUACGAACCCCUUAAGGGUUAAUGUUCUUUCCUGAUGAUAUCUCUCUUUUGUUCGGCGUUUGUCUUUUUUCUUCUUUUUCUUUCACGGCUAAUAGAUCUUAUUGGUACUGGGGUUACUUGCUGGUUCUUCUGCAUGUUUUUCUAGAGUUCCUGUUUGAAAUGUCUGCCGCGUGCUGUUUGUUCCUUUUUUUUUA